ACAGCGCCCGGGAGGCGUAAACAAGAAGUGAGAAAGUACGUCCAAACGCGUGUGCUAUCCCCCUUGACUGAGGAUUUGUUUCAUGAAAAACGUUGCCUAGGGGGUUUGUGGAUUACUCUGCAUGUGCGACAGGACAGCGCAAGGUGACCAUGAGAGACGGCACGCUUCUUUAAGUAGGAGAUGGCCGCCCCAGGCUGCAAAAGUACCCUGUCGUGGGUUGUGCUGAAGCGGAGCCUGUCUGCCUCUCCCCGUAGUACGUCGGCUGCGCCUCGGCCCCUGCUGCAUGGAAGCAAGCUGUCCGAGAGGCGAGCGACACACCCUGCAGUUUACCAAGCAACAUUUACUCAUCGUUAUCCAGUCUUCCUGUGUUUCUCUUGCCAGGAGUCCAUGAGCGAGAGCCUGAGAACGUGUUACCACUACCUUAACGAGACGAGCCGAAGCUUCGCUGCUGUCAUCCAGGCGCUGGACGGUGAACUUCGUCAUGCUGUUUGCAUCUUCUACCUGGUGCUAAGGGCUUUGGACACUGUGGAAGAUGACAUGACUAUCCCGCUGGGAACAAAGGUGCCACUGCUACAUAACUUCUACACGUUCCUUAAUGACCCUGAAUGGCGAUUCACUGGCAGUCAGGAAAAAGACCGGAAAGUCCUUGAAGAUUUCCCAACGAUAUCCCUGGAAUUUCGUAAUCUGGGUGCAGAAUAUCGGAAUGUAAUUUCUGAUAUAUGCCACCGCAUGGGAGUAGGAAUGGCAGAAUUCUUGGAAAAGAAUGUGCAGUCCAUGCAUGAGUGGGAUAAGUAUUGUCACUAUGUUGCUGGUCUUGUUGGCAUUGGACUAUCCAAGCUUUUCUCUGCUUCUGAACUUGAAGAUGCAGAGGUUGGACAAGACAUUGAGCUUGCAAACUCUAUGGGACUAUUUCUUCAAAAAACAAAUAUUAUUCGAGACUAUUUGGAAGACCAAAGAGAUGGCAGAGAGUUUUGGCCAGAGGAGGCAUGGGGUCAGUUUGUGGAACGACAUUCUGAUUUUUCUCAGCCUCAGCACCUCCAGUCAGCUCUCUCCUGCCUCAAUCUCCUUGUUACUGAUGCACUUAGACAUGUUCCACAUGUACUGAAAUACCUUUCCCGACUUCGAAAUAAAAGCGUUUUCAACUUUUGUGCCAUACCACAGGUAAUGGCCAUUGCCACUUUAUCUGCCUGCUAUAACAAUCCUCAGGUAUUCCAGGGUGUUGUUAAAAUAAGAAAAGGUCAAGCAGUUACUGUUAUGAUGGAAGCCACCAAUUUGUCAGCUGUUUGCACCAUCAUUUCUCAGUACACCGAGGAGAUUGCCCAAAAGAUUCCUCAGACAGACCCUUCACACGAUAAAACUCUGCAAAUUGUGGACGAGAUACGUGCAGUAAUUCAGUCCCAAGCACCUCUGGCGUCGCGGACGUUGCACCUCUCCCCAGUCUACCUCUCUGCCGCCAUGCUUCUUGCAGCCCUAAGCUGGCAAUACCUCAGCACAGUCACUGAACAGAAUGCCUCUGUUGGGGACACACAGGGACGUUAAGGACUUUUCAGUGACAUACGUGAAAUGUAUUCAACUAAAGUACAUACCUAACAUAGAACAGUCAAACAUUAUCUGUUUCUUUCUUGCAAAGUAAGAUGUGUUUUAUAUAAGAAAAGAGAAGAUGACACAUUCAUUUUUACUGGUGAGAAAGAAAAUGUGUGUUUAAUGCAUUUUCCGUUCACAUUCAGUGAAGCAAGCAGAAGAGAGAGGCACAAAUGAAGAUGUACACCUUUAGUGUAUUUAAAUCACUGAAUGUCCAAGACUCGGUUCUGUUGAACGUUUUUUACAUCUGGAAGGAGAUGGAUUUAGGAGCUUGUCCUGAUUUUCCAGCAUCAUUGCAAAGACCUACCUUUUAAAAUAUGUGUGGUAAAUCAUUUCUACACUGCCACAUUUAAAUGUUUCAGUACAUCUGUACAGCAUAUGUAUUUUUUUUGUUAAAAGUCUGUUUAAAAAACAAAAUGCAAAAACAACAAAAUCCUUUACUAUGAGUUAAAACUCUUUGGUACUUCUGGUAUGAUGCAGAAGGUGCUAUGGAAGAAAUUAAAGUAAGAUUUUUGUGUGUGUUUUAAAGAUUGUCUGUUUUAAAUCAUUUUUUUAACACUGAUUCAGUAGAAAAGUACAAUUUACUCAUAAUAUUGAUCAACUGGUCACUUUAGCAAACUUAAAUUGACAUUGUUCUUUGCAGCGCUUUUUCUUAAAUUAUAGUGGAUUGAAGCCAAGGUUAUCUGUGGUAGUGGUUUUGUUAUUAUUAUUACGUGGAUAAUAUUUGACCACAUCACUCCAGCCCCAUGAUACAGUGCUACUGAGAAGUAUAAUUAAUGGAGAGCUUUGAUUGUAGAAGCUUUAAGAAAUGUACAGUAUACAGACAGUUGGCUUGACAGCAUUGCUAUGUAAUGUGGAGUCAUGUUUAUAUGUAAAAAGAAAAAUUGAAUUGGUUAAUCAGUUUUCAAUUUGUAUAGUCUUGAGUGUAUUUUGUAAAUAAAUAAACAUGGAAAAUAAAAUGA